AUGAAUAAAAUUAGGUGUGUGGAAGCAGCUAACAUGAAGAAACAAGAGUGGGAACUUGAUGCUUCAAAACUUACUGUCGAAAACUUAAUUGGCUUUGGAGGUUUUGGGGCAGUUUAUACAGGCCUUUACAACGACAAACAAGUCGCAGUUAAAGUAUUUGAUUUGAGAGAUGGAAAGAAGAAUUCAAUAGAAAAAAAGCAAUUGAUGGAAGAGGUAUUCAUGCAAGAAGUUUCUAUUUGGUGCAAUCUUCAACACUCCAAUAUUGCUGAGUUCAUUGGAGCUAUAAAGAAGAAGAAUAUGUCAAAGAUUAAAAUUAAAUGUCAAAAAGGUGCAAAAGUACUAGGAAUAAAUGGAUAUUGUUGCAUAGUUGUGGAAUAUGUUGGUGGAGGUACUCUUCAAUCCUAUCUUUCCAAACAUACAAUAUUGAAGAAGAAAUUGCCUUUAGAUACAACUAUACAACUUGCAUUGGAUGUUGCUAAAGGGUUGAGUUACAUUCAUUCCAACAAGAUUGCUCAUAGAGAUGUGAAGACUGAAAAUUUACUUGUUGACAAAACUGGAAAAGUGAAGAUAAUUGAUUUCGGAAUCUCUAGUAAGUUUUAUUCUAUGGUUGGAACAAGUGGAACUAUGGGUUAUAUGGCUCCUGAGGUUUUGAGUGAUUCGUCAUAUGAUCAUAAAUGUGAUGUCUACAGCUUUGCAAUUUGCUUGUGGGAAAUGUAUACUUGUUUAGAUCCAUACCCUGAACACAUUUCUCAUAGUAAAAUCUCACAUCAAAUUUACAAGGAUCGAAGGCCUGAGAUACCAAAAUGUUGUCCAAGAGCAUUGUCAGAUAUAAUGAAGAAAUGUUGGGAUGUAAAGCCACAAAAUAGGCCAGAGAUGAAGGAAGUGGUGCAAAUGUUAGUAGCCAUUAAGACAAGAAAACAACAAUAAUAACUUGUGUAAAUUGUAAUAUGUUGCUAUUGAG